AUGAGGGGUCGCAACGAUGACGCGAUGCGCGCCAAUCGACCAAUCAAAAUGUUGGGUGAUGACGUGAUAUCUAUCUGUAAGGGUAUAAUAGAAGGUAGGGAGUUGUAUUUUAUUUUAUUCCACAGAAGCGGACCGAAACAUUUGAUUUGUUUCAAAAAUUGGAGCGUAAAUCUUAUAAUGGACGUUAUAGAGAGCGCGCUGCAUUUGAAAUGUCGGCUGCGUGAUACGCAUUGUCAAAGAAUGGAUGUAUUAACAAACUCCAAGGUGAUGAUACUGCAAGAGGUGAACGAACCGUUUCUAAACAUAGCCGUGUCGAAGGCAGCGACGAUGCUGGGAGCGUAUGACGUCACUAUCACAGACAAGCUCGUAUGGGAAUACGAUUAUAUGGGCAGGGUGUUCUCAUUCAUGGCGGACGCGAUAUUCGUGUCGACGCUGACGCACAUGUGCGCGCAGAGGUUCGCGGCGCAGUCGUCUGUGCCCGUGCUGUGCAUGCGUUCGCGGACGCACGCAACUGUACAGGCGCUGGCUACCGUCAUGGCUAUUAUUGAACAAUUUGGAACUAUGCGAGAUGUAAAUUUGGCAUACGUAGGAUCGCCCCAUCCGGUAUUGAAUUCCUACCUCUUGUUGUGUCCCAUGCUUGGAGCUAACAUUAAAUUCAAAUGCUGUUGCGAGAAAUGUCCAGUUACCCCUCUUCUAUACAAAGCCAGCCAAGAAAUAGUAGAGCAGAAUCAUACACACCUCAUGGAGUGUUCUUGCAAAGGCUUAGCAUUGCAAGACGCCCAUGUCAUCAUAGCAGGCCCGAGUAAUCCAAAGAAAAUUGAUGAAUUCAAACUUUGCAUUAAGGAUGUAGAAUCAAAGACAUGCAGACCUUGGAUUUUUUUCCACACCGGCCCCCGAGGCAAAGAAGUCGAUGACAACCUAUUUGAACAUUGCAACUCCAGAACUUUCCAGGCCUUUGAAAACUUUCACUAUAUAGCCGCUGCCAUGAUGGCAUAUGUUAUUCAGGAUUACAAAUUUUGAUCGCUUAGAGGCUGUGAGAAAUAAUCAUUCAACACAUAACUAUAAAUAAAAUCUGUCUGUAAUUUCAAAAUAGCUGUAUUUUUUCAAGUGCUUAUAGCU